AAUAAAGCUUGUCCAAGCUUUAGCAACAGCUCAAAAUAUAUUCCUGUAGCAUAGCAUAGCAUGUAGUCCAUCCUGUUAGCAUCAUCUUUACCCAUCAGUAAACACAUGAAAUGAUCAAAAUCAUCAACAGAAUUAUUGUUUGCUCUGUCCCUAAUUGUGCCAGACCUGUAAAACCUUUUGUCCAUGUCCAUUGGAAGGCUUGGAUUUUCAUCCAGCAGCAGCUUAGCAAGAAGGCUCACACUGGUUCCAAUGUCCAAAAACCCCGAUCAUGGAACACCUGUUUGGGUGAAAACCUCUUAUAGAGCAGAGCUUUUCUGGAUUCCUGAACUGUUCCUGUCUGCUCUGUCUUCCCCUGACCUGGAUUGGCUUCCUGCAACUUCUCCGAGGCUGCAGCAUCAGGGACACUCCGGGCGCCGCACGCCGCCUCUUGUUGUCAGCCCAUCGACUGGAUCGCACAUAAAUAAUCUUAAUACUAAAUUAAAGUUUUAUUUUUCCUAAGAAAUGUUUCAAAAUGAUGUAGGAGCCAUUAGCUGGCACAGGUUUCUUGAUGUCACAACUGGAAGCUUUGGGAUUAUUUCUUAUAUAAAGUUGUUUUAAAACCUUUUUUCAUCCUAAGAAAAUGCAGCAGCACCUAGAGCCAACAGCAGUAUCUGGCAUGCCAUUUUAGAAAAAUGGUAUAUGUUAGGAAAACUGGCAUGUGCCAGUUGAGAAGUGGCAUAUAAAGUGUGGAGGUCAAGAAAUCACACCAUUGGCUAAUAUGAAUCCUGAACCUUUGCUUUCCCAAAAACUGAUUAUUUUCCAGAGUGAAUGCAUCUCGGUACAUGUGGGCCAGGCGGGGGUCCAGAUCGGGGAACGCUGCUGGGAGCUCUACUGCCUGGAGCACGGUAUCCUGCCAAACGGAGAAAUGUCCAGUGACACAACCCCCGAAAGAGGAAAUGACUUGUCCGGCAGUUUCUUCAGUGAGAAUGGACAAGGGAAGCACACCGCCAGAGCAGUGUUUGUGGACCUGGAGCCCACCGUCAUCGAUCAAGUGCGUACCGGAAGCUUACGGCAGCUGUUCCACCCUGAGCAGCUAAUAUCUGGGAAGGAGGACGCCGCCCACAACUACGCCCGCGGGCACAACACCACUGGGAAAGAGAUCAUUGAGUUAGUUAUGGAGAGAGUUCGUAAGCUGACGGACCAGUGCUGCGGACUCUCUGGCUUCCUGCUGUUCCACAGCUUCGGGGGGGGGACCGGCUCUGGGUUUGGCUCACUGGUGAUGGAACGCCUGGCUGUAAAUUAUGGUAAGAAGGCCAGGCUGGAGUUCUCCAUCUACCCGGCCCCCAAUUUAUCUACGGCUGUGGUGGAACCCUACAAUACCGUUCUGGCCACCCACACCAUGAGAGACUACUCAGACUGCACCUUCAUGAUGGACAAUGAGGCUAUCUACGAAAUCUGCCGCAGCAAGUUGGAUAUUGAGCGUCCCACCUAUACCAACCUGAACCGUCUGAUCAGCCAGGUUGUGUCCUCCAUCAAUGCGUCGCUCCGCUUCAGGGGCAUUUUGAACGUAAGCCCGGUGGAUUUUCAGACCAACCUGGUGCCAUACCCUUGGCUCCACUUUCUGCUUUCCAGCUAUGCUCCAAUCAUCUCCACGGAGAAGGCGUGCUUUGAGCAGCUCACUGUGACUGAGCUCACCAAUGCCUGCUUUGAGCCAGCCAAUCACAUGGUGAAGUGCGACCUCUCCAAAGGGAUGUACAUGGCCGGCUGCCUGCUGUACAGAGGUGACGUGGUGUCCGGAGAUGUCAAUGCCGCCAUCUCCAACAUCAAGACCAACCGCAGCAUCCAGUUUGUGGACUGGACUCCCAACGAAUUUAAGGUGGGCAUCAACUGCCAGCCCCCCAGCAUGUUCCCUGCAGGAGACCUGGCCAAGGUGCAGAGGGCUGCCUGCUUGCUGAGCAACACCACGGCCAUUCGUGAGACCUGGGCACGGCUCGCUUACAAGUUUGACCUCAUGUUCGCCAAGAGGGCCUUCGUCCACUGGUAUGUGGCAGAAGGCAUGGAAGAGGGAGAGUUCCACGAGGCCAGAGAGGUCCUGGCUACUUUGGAGAAGCAUUACAAGGAGGUGGGUCGUAUAAACGAACUGCUGGGCACCAACAAAGAAGAAGAGGAAGAAAAUGAAUACUAGAGGGACAGGCAUAUAUUUGUUCGCAACUUCCUUCUCUUUGUCAGCCUGGAUGAUUGGUGUUCCUAUGGGUUUCUUUAUUCAUCUAGAUCUCUAAUUAAAAUUUUCUAGCAUUAAUACUUUAUGUUUUUUCCCCCUGAAAUCCUUCUGGUUGGUGAUGUAAUGAUGUCUGAUGCCGAGUUCGAAUUCAGAGGCUACAUCCUCCCGAAGGCCAGAUUGCUAUGCCAAUUAGUGCAGCAUAUUGGCGCGGCACCAUAGCAGGGCGUCAUAGCGCAAUGUCAUAGCGCAGCGCUGAGGUCUGUUGGGAUUGAAAGACUCCUCCUUACGCAGCUGACAAAAGUGUCCUUCUUUUUGCCCGUUUUGAAGGGCGGGUUCGGCGUAUCCAACGUAGCAUUGGAUCUCCCGUGAUUCAUUGCCAGUCCAAGCAAGCCGGCUGCUCCGUGCUCAGAGGAUAAAGGUACUUGGUGCCGAACAAUGGUGAAUAAUAGAAG